UUCAUCAGAUCAACAGAUUCACUAUAUAUAAGUUUGCAUUUCCAAGACACCCUUCUGACAGACUAUUAUUAAUUUAAUGUCCAAAAUUUUAUUUUCUUCUUAAUUUCCACGACUUGGCGAGUCAUACAAAAGUGUAAUUCUUCUCUUCAAGUCUACACUAUUUCUGUUUUGAUUGUUAGGCAAUGGACAAGCGCAGAAGAAAGCAAGCCAAGAAUAGCAGUCGCUGCUCCGAAGAGGUGAGCAGUAUCGAGUGGGAGUUCAUAAACAUGUCAGAACAAGAAGAAGAUCUCAUCUUUAGAAUGCACAAGCUUGUUGGAGAUAGAUGGGCUCUGAUCGCUGGCCGGAUUCCGGGCCGGAAAGCAGAAGAAAUAGAAAGGUUUUGGAUAAUGAGAGAUGGAGAAGUGUUUGCAAGCAAGCAGAAGAAGAGAGCUCAAUAUAAUAGCAUAUAACUCUUGAAUCUUAAUGCUUCACUUUAUUGUUUCUAGGCUAGGACCAUUGUUUUUUAUUUGCAAUUAUAUGCUUCUAAUUAAUGCGUAUUUUUUGUUUUAAGA